AUGGAGAGGCUCGAUUGCACGGAACGAAAGCUGCACAGACGGCUACUUGGCUACUUUUGGCCCAGGGUAUGCCACAAUGAAGAUCUUUACGCAGAAACGGGUGUGGUAUACCGGCGGAUGACACGUGGAAGAUAUGAACGUCUUGCACCGCCAUCGAAAGUGACUAGAGUAAUUCGUCUUUGCUUAUUUGGUCAUAUAUUAAGGAGGCUGGCACAUCGCCUUGUUCAACGAGUUUUGAGGAGUUUGUCCUGUUCUGGCUGGAAGAAGCCGCCUGGCCGAAAACGGAAGUUCUGGACUGAGGUGGUGAAAGAGGACCUGAAGACACUCGGCGUGGAUAGGCAGUUCAGGCGAGACGUAAGGUUCCGCAGAAUAUGGAAUAGCGACGAAUGGGUUGAUUCUGUGCAAGAAGAUCGAGAAAGUUGGGCUGAGCUAUGUUCAAGGACGGCACACCUCAGCGAAGAUGCGGGUAAUCGCGUCAGGCGAUGA